AUGGCGUCCACCACGGUGCGUUAUAAGACAGACAAAGAGCAACUCUCAUGUUGGCAAGAUGGCGAGGGACUCGAGGUAUCAACAAAUGAGAACUUCUUUGACGAAUAUGUUACCUUUGACCCAAACGACUUUCUCAACGACCCUCAGAGUCCCUCGGUCCUCCUCGACUCACUUGACGAUAGCCGGACCAACUCGUCCAAUGACCAAGAUAGCUUCCCGGUCUCCUCUAUUACUGAGGAUCCGGCGGGUCUGACCAUUCAAGGUUCGUUGGCCCAAGAGAGCAACCCAGCAUCAGCAAUAUUAGGCCCAGCAGAUCCUGUCAUAGGGGGAGAGUCUAUCUCCGAUUCUGAGCUACUGCGGUUGGAAGGCAUAUCUCUCAAAUCCCCACGUGCCAAUAUAACAGCUCCGUCAAGCCCCCCAUUGUUGACACAGUCAAGUCCAACUAAACGCAGUCGAUUCGUGAACUCGGUAUAUGCAACUAUUCGCAGAGCCACCCAUCGCUCGAAGCCACUGAAGACUCAUACCUCAAUGUCAGCAAUGGACGUGUUCAGCAGGGACCCGGAGCCUCAGCUUCACCUACAAAAUCCCUAUGAAUAUACUACAGAUCGGCCGGGUCUCAAGCCGGAGCCAAUCGAUAAUAAUGGGCUGCCACUAUCACCACCACUUACUGGCAGGAUACCGUAUUCCGGCCAACAUCCAUUCAAUACACAAUUCGUGACCGGUGACCUGGAAGACCCUUUCUAUGACAAGGGCAUGCCUCACCCUGGGGCUGUCAAUGGCCCUACUACGCCAUUGGACACCCCAGCCAUGAAGGAUGAAUUCUUUUUCGACGACAACUUUCCAACGCUUGAUCAGCCCACCACGCAAGUUCCGAGGUCGAAGCAACGGAACACUAGCUCCGCUGAGUGGCCUAUGGAAGGAAUUAUCAAUGACAACUCCUGCCAGUGGCCGACUGACUCCUAUAUUCCCGACAAUGAAACCAUCCAUAGCCCAGGCUGGUGGGAAGACGGACCGACUCCAACGGCGUCCCAUCCUCCCCCACCGCCCUCUCAGAACGGCGUCCGCAACGCGUCCUUCAAUCAAAUCAUGCACCACCAGCAGACGGAGCUCCCAUACGAGUUCACGAACGAGCUCUCGGGCCUAAUGAUCCACAUGCCACAACCGCGACAGCCGCAGGCCGCCGUGCUCACGGCGAACAUCCCAGACCAGCUCAUGACGCCGACGCACCACCCCCGUCAGCAACAGAGCCACCACCGCGGCCACUACACGGAGCACCGCCGACCUCAGCCGCGCGCCCCGUCCUCGGGCGCCCGGCACCACGGCUCCAUGACGUCGCCGCGCAAGCCGUCGCUGCACCACCACAGCUCCUCGCGGUCCAUGCUCGCACGUCACCGGGAGGGCGAGUCCGCCUCGCCGUCGCCCGCGGAACGACAUCACCACCACCGGCGGCCGUACGACCCGAACCACAUGGGCCCGCGGCACCGCGCGAGCUCGUCGUCCAUCUCGGUGCGCAAGCAGCGGUCGUGGUCGCGGCGGGAGCCCCGGACGCCGAAUCCGGGAUCCGGGCCCGUCAGCUUCGGGAGCCCCGGCGGCGGAGACGGGAUGAUGGGCGGCGGCGGCGGAGGAGGAGGAGGAGGUGGUGGUGGUGGUGGCGGUCAGGUGGGCUUCGUCAAUUUCACGCCCAACGACAAGAACAUACUCAUGACGGGGGUCGCGCCCAGCGGCAGCUCCAAGACCAAGGCGCGGCGGGAGAAGGAGGCGGCGGACCGGCGGCGCCGGCUAAGCGAGGCAGCCGUCAAGGCGGUGCAGGCUGCUGGCGGAGAUGUGGAUGAACUGGUCCGGGAGGGCUUUUACAUGUGA